UACUGCUGAGCUGGGCUGGGCUGGGCUGGGCUGGGCUGGCGGGCUGCGGCGGAGCUCGCCUGCACAGAUCGGCUCGGAGAGAGAAGAGCCACUCUUAUCUGACCAGCCUCAGAGCCGAGUUUUCUCAGGAAGAAAAGCGAGGCUGAGUUGAAAUCAAUUGGGGCUGUGAAGCUUGUUGGCGGAUCAUCUGAGUGUUGCAGUCCUGUUUUAGCAAUAUCUGCCAGUGAGCCUCAGGCUUUGGGAACUGAAGAGUGUGUCUGAAAAACCCACUGAGCACUCCAAUGGCCAGCAACAACACUGCCAGCAUAGCACAGGCCAGGAAGCUGGUAGAACAGCUGAAGAUGGAAGCCAACAUAGACAGGAUAAAGGUAUCCAAGGCAGCUGCGGACUUGAUGGCCUACUGUGAAGCUCACGCCAAGGAAGAUCCCCUGCUGACCCCUGUUCCGGCUUCAGAGAACCCAUUUAGAGAGAAGAAGUUUUUCUGUGCCAUCCUUUAAGUCUUCACGAGGAGCCUGAAGAGCCUCGGGGCUCCUGGGACACUGAUGUAGAGUUUUUAGCAAAGUGGGCGCCUUUCUAGUCCACAGCAUUUAAAGAGAGGGAGGAGAACCAUCCUGGAAACUCCAGGCUAUGCAUGUUUAAAGAACUGGUCCCCUUUAUGAGAAUGAAAGCCGAUCCACAGCCUGAGUUAAGAAAUCUGAUAUCUGCAGAACUGCCUGGAGGAGGGGACUAUGUAAAGAUAAAAUCGGUGUCAUUUCUUUUCUGCUCUCCCUCCCCAAACUUUGUUUCUGCUUCGUAUUUAAAAAAUAAAAUUCAGACAGCUGUACUGAGCUAAGAUAUGUAUGAACUUCUCGGAAUGACUAUCGCCUUUAGAAAUACCCUUUGAUCAGCUGAGUUGUCCAAUGUAACCUCGGUUCGGUUUAAUGGCAUUGAUGUCUAGUCUUUGUGCCUUUGUUUUCAUUUUUAUUUCUCUCUUACCCUCCUCCUACCCCUCCCUAUUAGAGUAGUACAGAGAUAAGGCUGGACUUGUCUGUGAGACUGAACUCCAAGGAUGAGCACUCAAAAUGUUUAGAGAGAUGUCCCCCGUGGUUUAUCCUCAUGGUAAUAACAAGCAAACAAAAAUGCUGUUUGUCUGUGUUCUCUUAUCACUAUUCCUAAUAUUUGUACAUGAUAGCUUUGAUUCUGCAAGUAAAAGUAAAUCAUGUGUUGUGACUGGUGCUUUCAUAUAUUUGUGACAAUUUUUGAGUAAUAUUGCAUGAAAAUGUCCCUAUGUUACAUCCAUUCAGAAGUUUUAUUGUUCUACUAUAUAAAGUUUCGGAAAAGAAUGAGAGAGAAAAAAGAAGCAGGGAAGGAAAAAACUCAGUAUCUUGAAAAUUGAGAUUACUUCAGAGCCUUAGCCAAGCCUAAAAUACCUCCUAGUUAUCAGUGGUAUUAAAAACCUCUUCAACAUGUUUUCCAGAAUCCGAAGCAUUUGGGUUUUAUCCAGGAUCCAGGGCAUCGCAGGUACCACCAAGCAGGAGUGGUAAGGAUUCACCAUGAGCUGGGAGGUGCUUUAGUCAUAGAGUUAGAACAAAUUCCUUUUUUCUCUAAAUCACAGAAAUUCUAGAUUGAAAGAAUGCUUUCUGUGCUCUUCUUAAAACAUGGCCCUCAUUUGUUCAAGUAUCAGGGAGAAGAAAACCCAUAAUGCCAGAGAAGACCCAUUCUCAGAAUCCCAGCUAUUUGCCGGCCAGGAGAAGAGAGCAGGUGGGGUCCUGGCUCUUUUCAACUGAGAUGGUCUUUAUGUGUCAUCCGUUUUUUUCAAUAGAAUCUUUUCUUUGUUUCUGUUCUCCAUCUUGUUUGUUAGAAUCUCUCAGUCUUAAUUUACAGCUUUCUUGCAGCUGGAGCCCUCUCUUCCCAAGAGAUGAUAUUGGAAGUGAUUUUUUAUUGCAGCUCUAGCCUCUAUCAGUAAUGAGAGGCCCUGGAAGCCUUUAUCAUUUUUUUUCUGUGCCAUGCUUAGGCAAAAGAGGGCCUCUCUUAGAUCUUGUUUACUUUGAAAUCCCAAAGACCAUUUCCAAAUUAAUUUUAUUCUCCUAUCUUUCUUUCCUCCUGCUUUUUUUUUUUUUUUAAGAAAGGAUGAAGAAAGAGGAAAAGAUGAUAAAAAGUCUUAAUAUCCCAAGGACAGAUUUUGAAACACAUUUGGUAAAUACUUUCCUUAUCUCUUAUGGGCAUGCUGGUAAAAGAAUAAAUGAAUCCAAUUAAAGCUCACACCUGGGGCAGAGGGAAGAGAAUACUGAAAUAUUUGUGAAAUCUAUGAAUUCACUUCUAUAACCAGAUACUUCUGUUCUAUUUAAACCUGGGGAUUUCGUUACAGUCAGUGGGACAAUAAUCAGGAUUUACAGAGGGAAAACUCUAGGAGAGUAUUUAUUAAACUACAGAUUAUACCAUUAGCUUAGUAAUACUGUGGAAUGAGCUAAAAACCCUGUUCAUUUUUUAAAUGAGCCAAAAUAUGAAUUGAAUAUGUGGUCACAUAAAAAUAACUGUGCAUAAGCAGUCUUUGGUGGUAAUUAAGGUGUCUUUAUAAGACCCAGAUGAUUCUCAUAAUUCACGCCAUUUGUUUUUCUCAGAAGAACUCUAUAUUUUAACGUAAAUCUAGAUCUUAGGAGCAAUGAAAAUGGAAUUAAAAUUUUAAGAAGCACCAUAAAACAGCUCUGGUAAUUAAAAGCUAAGGAAGUUCCAAACUUAAUGUAACCUUGUUUAUAAAAGGAGAGAGAAGGCAGUAAAUACAGAGCCCUUCUGAAAUUAAAGAAAAUGUUUUUUGGCUUUUGCAUAAUUUUUUGUCCUAUAGUAUGGAAUUACAAUACCAGAAUCUUUACAUGAGUUUUGGUUUAUUGAUAUUUUUACUUAUUAAGGGGGGAAAAAAAACUUUUUUGAUUACUUAUGCUUCUCAAGAGCUUUAAUUCUUUUAGAAAUUCAACAAUCAUUUUCACCAGCAUAAUUUUAUCUUAAGGGGCAACUUAAUAGGAAACUUAGUUUAGUUAUUCAAGGCCCUAAUUUCUGUGUAUAAUAUACUGGAUAGUAAUGAAAUCACCAUAGAAUUAAACAGUAACAAUAACCAUUAUAUUUAGAAAAAAAUCUCGCAUCAUUUUCAAUAUUAACUGUUUUUUUUUUCAAUUUUAAACCAAAUACUAUUUUUUUUAAAUCAGAGGUUGCAAAUAAGUACUUUGAUCUGAGGCAAAUUUUGCUAAUAAUAUUUGAAAGAGAUUGCUUACCAAGAAAAAAUUUUAAACCAUUUCUUCAUACACUCACAAAUGGAAUUUUGAGAAAUUGAGCAUGCUGUCUUAGAAAAUUUUUGUACUUUUUUUUUCCUUGCUUCUAGCUGCUCUUGGCAAUGGUGAAUUGUUACAUAUACAUUAAUGUUUUCCCAGCCCCCAAAUUGUUGAUGUUUUUCCUAUAUAAGAUCUAUGGAGUGUGUCUUUCAAAGAGAGGGAAGUACAGAAAUGUUAAAGCAGAAAACCUGAAUGCGAUGUGCACAUUUUCAUCCCACAUGGACCAUGUAUUUGUUUUAAUAAAUGGAAUUUUCAGACUCA